AGCGGUGCCUGGCCGUGAGCCAAGCAGCAGCAGCAGCAGCAGCAGCUCCGAGCACGUACACUCGAAGAAGCUAGCUGCAGCAUUAGCCUUGACAGAUCAUCGGAAGAGAAGUUUGCCAGGAUGUCACUGGUAAGGCUCUUCGACACGCUGGCCUUGGAUACAUGGAACCCCUUCAGCAUCUUCGGCACGGCGGUGGCCGCCGACGCCUGGCUGGCCAGCGACACGUCGGCGUUCGCCAACACCUACAUCGAGAGCCGGGACACGGCGGGGGCCUACGUGUUCAGCGCCGCCCUGCCCCCCGGCGUGAAGAAGGAGGAGGUGAAGGUGGAGGUGGACGAGGGCAACGUGCUGGUCAUCACCGGCGAGCGCAGCGUGCGGAGGGAGGAGAGGAGCGACAAGUGGCACCACAUCGAGCGCAGCUGCGCCACUUUCCUCGGCCGGUUCCACCUGCCGGAGGACGCCGCGGUGGACGACGUCAGGGCGGCCAUGGACGGCGGCAUGCUCACGGUCACCGUGCCCAAGGUGAGCGCCGCCGACAAGCCCGAGGCGAGGGCCAUAGAGGCCGGUCCCUGCUGAUGCCGAUGCGGCUCUCUCCGUCCUUGCACGCUGUUGAUGAAUGAAUAGUAUCACAGCACGUCGUGCGACUGUCAGAUCAGCCGUUGGUGCUGUUUGAAGUUUUCUUCACUGGUUUGACCUUACUCCUACCUUCCGGUGUGAAAAGAGGGGGCCCGGGGCCUGAACUAUGUAUUUCUUCUGUGUUUGUGCUUACUAAAUGAAAAGCAAGCUAAGCCAGAAUUCUGUGUUUGUGCUUACUAAAUGAAAAGCAAGCUAAGCCAGAAUUCUGUGUUUGUGCUUACUAAAUGAAAAGCAAGCUAAGCCAGAAUUCUGUGUUUGUGCUUACUAAAUGAAAAGCAAGCUAAGCUAGAAUUCUGUCU